AUGACAGAAAGACCUGUAACAGGUCUAGAUUUUGCAUCUUUAUAUCCUAGCAUUAUCAUGGCCUACAACCUCUCCCCAGAAAAAAUCAUAUUGGAUCGAGAAAAGGCUGAUAAUGUCUGUAAAAAUGGGAACGAGCUUCAUACGAUUGAGUUUAAAUUCAAUAAGCGUGACGUUCAAGCUUGGUGCGUACGUCAUGAAAAUCAAUCUGAGAGGAAAGGAUUAUAUCCUGUUGUAUUAGAGGAUUUAUCUAACAAGAGGCUGGAGCUUAAAGCAC